AUGCCAGUCUACGGAGCUCGAAACGUGGACAAUGUGCGGAUCGGCGUGAUCAUGGUCGGUCUGCCGGCCCGAGGCAAAUCGCUGAUUGCCCAAAAGAUUGUCCGGUACCUGUCGUGGCUGUCCGUGCCCACCCGCUGUUUCAAUGUCGGCAACUACAGACGCAAAGAAACGGCCCAUCCGACGGCCGAGUUCUUCGACAACGCCAACGCCGUGGGCGAACGGUUGCGACGUAACGCCGCCGAGGCUGCGCUCGAAGAUAUGAUCCGGUGGUUCGAAGAGGACGGCGGAGUGGUGGGAGUGUUUGACGCCACCAACUCGACGGUGGAGCGUCGCAAAUGGAUCGCAGACACCCUGCUGGACGCCGGAGUCGAGCCCAUGUUUGUCGAGUCGUGGUGCGACGACCCGUCGAUUGUGAUGCAUAACAUCAUCGACGUCAAAACCACAUCCCCAGACUACGUGGGCACCGACCCGGAAAAAGCCAUCACCGACUUCCAGAACCGAAUCAAAAAGUACGAGGCAGUCUACGAGACGCUGGGCGAAAACGAAACCGAUCUCACCUACGUCAAGCUCAUGAACGUGGGCGCCCAGGUGGUCAUCAACCGUAUCCAGUCCUAUCUCGAAUCGCGUGUGGUCUACUACAUUAUGAAUCUGCACAUUAAGCCACGGUACAUCUGGUUGUCUCGACACGGAGAAUCAGAAUACAAUUUAGGAGGACAGCUUGGUGGCGACUCCAAUCUCUCCGAACGGGGACAGAUGUACGCCAAGAAGCUGCCCUCGCUGUUACAAGGCGCACUGGAACAAUCUGUGUUCCCCGACGGCAAGGUUCCCGAGCUCACAGUCUGGACCUCGACCCUCAAACGAACCAACCAGACAGCGCGGUUCCUGGACUACCCCAAACGGUCGUGGAAAGCCCUGGAUGAGUUGGACGCCGGAGUCUGCGACGGAAUGACGUACGAGGAAAUCGAACAGCAGUACCCCGAGGACUUCAAGGCACGUGAUGACAACAAGUACGAAUACCGAUACCGAGGAGGCGAGAGCUACAGAGACAUUGUGAUCCGUCUGGAGCCGAUCAUCAUGGAGUUGGAGCGCCAGGAAAACAUUAUGAUUGUGACCCACCAGGCCGUGCUUCGGUGUCUGUACGCCUACUUUAUGAAUGUGCCUCAAGACCAGUCGCCCUGGAUGCAGGUGCCUCUGCAUUCAUUGAUUCGAUUGGAGCUGAGAGCGUUUGACACGAUUGAGACGAGAAUCAGCGCCGAUAUUCCUGCCGUUUCAACUCAUCGAGAGAAGGGUAGUAGUGCCAAGCAUGCGUAA